AUGGCGGCCUCAUCUUCGAGAGGGAGGAGUAGCUCGCCGUUUCACCACAGGAAACCGUCGAGUCCAUACUCAUCUACGUCAUCUUCAUCGUCUCUGAUGAACGGCCGCCUCAUGCCGCGCUCCUGCUCCUCCUCAGCCGCUUCGUUUUACGGAGGUGGUGGUGGAUAUGGAUCGAGAUCCAUGACUCCCAGCAGGAGUAGUGCCGACCCAUCGUACUCUCGGGGUUACAACAAUCGUACACCUGUCAGUUAUCCUUCAAUGGACGAGGCGCUGAUUGGCGAGCCACUGGAGACUACAUCGAGAUCGGGAGAUAGCAUUUCAGUGACAAUUAGAUUUAGACCGAUGAGUGAAAGGGAGUAUCAGAGAGGUGAUGAGAUUGCUUGGUAUGCUGAUGGCGAUAAACUUGUUAGGAAUGAGUACAACCCCAUGACUGCUUAUGCCUACGAUAAAGUCUUUGGACCCAAUACCAAUACUCAAGAAGUGUAUGAAGUAGCUGGUCGACCGGUAGUGAAGGCUGCAAUGGAGGGUGUAAAUGGAACGGUAUUUGCUUAUGGUGUUACAAGUAGUGGAAAGACACACACCAUGCACGGAGAUCAAACUUCACCAGGAAUUAUACCAUUGGCUAUAAAAGAUGUCUUCAGCAUUAUUCAAGAUACUCCUGGAAGUGAAUUCUUACUUCGCGUGUCAUAUCUUGAAAUCUACAAUGAGGUGAUUAAUGAUUUGCUGGACCCAACCGGUCAAAAUUUGCGUGUGAGAGAAGAUGCCCAGGGUACUUACGUUGAGGGUAUAAAAGAAGAAGUUGUCUUGUCCCCUGGACAUGCACUUUCAUUCAUUGCUGCUGGAGAAGAGCAUCGGCAUGUUGGUUCCAAUAAUUUCAAUUUAUUUAGCAGCCGGAGCCAUACAAUAUUCACAUUGAUGAUUGAAAGUAGCGCUCAUGAUGACGAUUAUGAUGGAGUGAUAUUCUCACAGCUGAACUUAAUUGAUUUAGCGGGAUCUGAGAGCUCAAAAACCGAAACAACCGGUUUAAGGAGAAAAGAAGGAUCGUACAUUAAUAAAAGUCUUCUAACGCUUGGAACUGUGAUUGGAAAACUAAGUGAAGGAAAGGCAUCUCAUGUUCCUUAUCGAGAUUCAAAGCUAACUCGCCUUCUACAAUCUUCUCUAAGUGGGCAUGGACAUGUUUCCCUUAUAUGUACGGUUACUCCGGCUUCGAGCAAUAUGGAGGAAACACACAAUACAUUAAAAUUUGCAAGUAGGGCAAAACGUGUUGAAAUAUAUGCCUCACGUAAUAAGAUAAUUGAUGAAAAAUCAUUGAUCAAGAAAUAUCAGAAGGAAAUAUCUUUUCUUAAGCAAGAACUUGAUGAACUUAAGAAGGGAAUGCUUGCUGGCGUCAGUCAUGAGGAAAUUUUGACCCUAAAACAGAAGUUGGAAGAAGGGCAAGUGAAAAUGCAAUCAAGAUUGGAGGAAGAAGAGGAAGCCAAGGCUGCUCUAAUGAGCAGAAUCCAGAGGUUAACAAAGUUAAUACUUGUUUCCUCGAAAAAUACAGUACCGGGAUAUUUGGGAGACAUCUCCUCUCACCAAAGGAGCCAUUCUGCUACUGAGGAUGAUAAGUUGGAUGUUCCACGAGAGAGUAAUUUGCUCAUUGAUGGCGAGAAUCAGAAGGACUCCCCACCUUCUGCUUUGUCUAUGUCAUCAGAUGCUUAUGCUUCAAUACACAGAAGAGCAUCUAGCAAUUGGAAUGAGAAUUUAUCACAGGCUGGCAGUACAAUAACUGAGACAACUCAAGUGGGUGAACUUAUUAGUGGUUCUUGCUGCACGUCAAAAAUGCCUAUUGACGGGAUGUCAAUGUCAGAUCAGAAUGACCUCCUUGUUGAGCAAGUGAAAAUGCUUGCUGGAGAGAUUGCACUCAGCACUAGUACCCUGAAACGUUUGAUAGAGCAGUCUAUAAAUGAUCCUGAAAGCUCUAAAACUCAGAUUCAGAACUUGGAGCUUGAAAUCGAAGAAAAGAGAAAGCAGAUGAGAGUCUUGGAACAGCGCAUUGUCGAGAAUGGUGAAGCAUCGGUUGGUAAUGCAUCUAUGGAUGAAAUGCAGCAGACAGUCAUGAAACUGAUGGCACAGUGUAGUGAGAAAGGUUUUGAGUUAGAGAUUAAAUCAGCGGACAACCGUAUACUCCAGGAACAGCUGCAGAAUAAGUUUGCUGAAAACAAGGAACUGCAAGAGAAAAUUAUUCAUCUGGAGCAGCGACUUGCUUCAGUUUCUGUUGACAAAUUAUCAUACUCUUCUGAACAGCGUGCUUCCAAUGAAUGUGUCGACGAGUUGAGAAAAAAAAUGCAGUUUCAGGAAAUUGAGAAUGAGAAACUAAAGCUAGAACACGUUCAUACCGUAGAGGAAAAUAGUGGAUUACGUGUACAGAAUCAGAAAUUGUCUGAAGAAGCUUCUUAUGCUAAGGAACUAGCUUCUGCUGCUGCAGUUGAGCUGAAAAAUUUAGCUAGUGAAGUAACCAAGCUUUCAGUACAGAAUGCAAAACUAGAAAAAGAAUUACAGGCUUCUCAUGAGUUGAAGUCUAGAAGUUCCAGUUUACAAACUGGUAAUACUGGAAACCGCAAAUACCACGAUGGCCAAAGGACUGGUCGCAGAGGUCGGCUUACUCGAGUGAAUGAUGGUUCUGGAAUGGUCCAUGAUGACUUUGACUCAUGGAGCCUUGAUCCUGAUGAUCUAAAGAUGGAGUUACAAGCCAGGAAACAAAGGGAGUCAGCCCUAGAAGCUGCCUUGGCUGAGAAGGAAAUUUUGGAAGACGACUACAGGAAAAAGUUUGAAGAGGCAAAAGAGAGGGAGGCGGCUCUGGAAAAUGAUUUGGCAAACAUGUGGGUGCUUGUUGCUCAGCUAAAGAAAGAGCGAAGUGUUGUGCAAGAAUCAAAGAUUAGUGAUGGACAGAAUGAUGAUACCGAUCAAAACAGUGAUUUAAGAAUGGAUAACGUUGACUACAAGGAUCCUAUCCUUAAAGAUACACAAGAUCAAGAUCGUACAACACAAGCUUCUGACGUUUCUAAAGAAGAACCACUUGUUCUACGCCUGAAGGCUAGAAUGCAAGAAAUGAAGGAGAAAGAACUUAAGCACAAUGGGAAUCUGCAAUGCUACUUCCCUGUCGUCAUUUUUGCUUAUGUAAAUCUUGUUCGCUUGCCUGUUCUGAAUGUCCUAUUUGCCGCACAAACAUUGCAGAUAGGAUUUUUGCCUUUACUUGACUUUGCACUUCUUACCCUCGAAAAAGGUUGUAAUUGUUCAUCUGCUAGUUAUUUUCGUCAAAAUGGGAGGUGUAAUUCUUUCAUUUACUGUUAUAUCACUGUGCUUUCUUUAUAUUUCUCCCUGAGUAAUUGUAAAAUAAAAGGACCCUGGAAAAGGGAGGAAAAUGGAGAACAUGGUAAAGGCGCGAUGCUUCGCAUCUCAAAUACAUUAGCACCCCAUUGUGAUGCUUCAUUCGAACCUGUAUAA